GUUUUCCUCUCAACCAUUUGUUUCUUCCUCCUGCCCCUGAACCUCCCCCAUACCGAGACGUGUUCUCUGAACCGACAGCUGCUAUUAUGCAGUUCGGCAGUGCUAUUGGCACAGCAUGUCUUACGUUCGUCCUGACCAACAUCGACGACGCGUUUGUUCUCGUGACCUUCUUCGCCGAGUCGUCAACCUCUAGGAAUCUCACUCCCCUUAAGAUCACUCUUGGGCAAUACAUCGGUUUCACCGUCAUUGUAGUUGUCAGUCUAAUCGGGUUUGCCGUUGCGGUGGCACUCCCGUCUGAACCUAUUGGCUUUUUAGGCCUAUUACCCAUUCUGCUUGGUGUAUGGAAACUCUUUGACCUGCUCUUCCCCAAAAAGGAUGAUACGGAGGAAGAAGAAUCGGAAUCCCAGUGCAUCGCCAAAUCAGUCUUCAAGGUUGCCCUCAUUACGAUCCUGAAUGGGGGCGACAAUAUCGGCACCUAUAUACCUCUCUUCUCCCAAGCGAAGGGCGCCGAGGUCGCCGUCUACGUCGUGCUCUACUACAUUCUACUCGGCAUCUGGUGCUUUAUCGCCUUUCUUAUUAUGAAGCAGAGGCAUAUCGUACGCCUGGCCGAAAAAUAUGCUUCAUUCAUAAUACCAUUCCUCUAUCUCGGCCUCGGUAUCUACAUUGUCGUGAAGUCAAACUGCUACCCUUGGUCUGUCAAGGAGAUCGAUGAUGAGUUCCUCGGUGACCCCGGCAAGAUAGUUAUGGGCGUUGUGACUGCAUUUUUGCUGUUGUCUAUCAUGGGAAUGAUGGUGUGGUUUAAGAUGCGGAAAAUGAAGACUAAAACGAGGAACGAGGAAAUCUCGCUCACUGAAAAUACUCCGGCUGUUGCAAAAAGCGAGAAUGACGGCCCUGCGGAUGCCUCUAAUAAUUACAAAGAAGCUAAUAAUGCCAAUACCAUUAGCACUGAGCAGCCCAGGAAGGAUUGUGAAGAGACUGAGACAAGGUCGGUUGAGGCAGGACCGAAUGCAGAGCAGUUACGGUCUGACAAUAAGGUGCAGCCGAAGGCUACACCAUGAGAUGGCGAAAUACAGGCGGCAAGCUAAAAUAUCGAAGAUACAGAAGACAUGGCAAUAUAUACAGUACAUGUGCUUGUUGGCUGUUUCCCAUUCCCGUUCUUCUGUCCUGUCGAAGCAGACGGCGGUGCUCUAACGCCCCUGAAGGAGGCAUCUGGAGAAAAUCAGGUCUGGUGUCGACUCAAAGUAGCAGCCGGGCCACCUGUUGGAUAAUGAGCUCAG